AUGCAGGGCCUCACUUCUCUAUUCCUCUUGGGCACUUUUGCCUUCCAAACCAUCCUCGGCUUUCCCGGUUCUUCUCGGGUACGACGAGAGGGCGUGAUCCUUAAGAGAGCGGUGGACAGUUUCAUAGCCACCGAAGAGCCUAUUGCCCUAGACAAGCUCCUUAGUAACAUCGGAUCGACUGGGAGCAACGCCCAAGGUGCCAGUGCAGGCAUCGUUAUAGCCUCCCCGUCUAAGUCCGACCCUGAUUACUUCUUCACCUGGACUAGAGAUGCUGCUCUUGUCUUCAAGGCUAUAAUCGAGAGAUUCACUGACAGCUACGACGCGGCUCUACAAACCCAGAUACAGAACUAUAUCAUCUCCCAAGCUACGCUGCAAACUGUAUCCAACCCGUCAGGUUCUCUAUCCGAUGGAACGGGUUUGGGAGAAGCCAAGUACCAUGUCGACCUCAGCGCUUUCACUGAUGGCUGGGGCCGUCCGCAACGCGAUGGUCCCGCUCUGAGGGCCAUUUCUCUGAUUAGCUAUUCUAAGUGGCUUAUUGCAAACGGGUAUAAUUCAACGGUUACUAACAGCAUUUGGCCCAUAAUCCGCAACGAUCUCACCUACGUCGCCCAGUACUGGAACCAGACCGGCUUCGACCUCUGGGAGGAAGUUAACGGAAGCUCUUUCUUCACAGUUGCUGCCCAGCACCGAUCCCUAGUCGAAGGAAGCGCCUUAGCAAAGACCCUUGGUACAAGCUAUGACUCUUACGAUGCCAUUGCGCCUCACGUUCUCUGCUUCUUGCAAACUUUCUGGUCAUCUUCGAGCGGCUAUGCUUUGGCCAAUAUCAACGUCAACAACGGUCGAUCUGCUAAGGACGGCAACGUAAUCCUAGCUUCGAUCCACAACUUCGACGCGGCUCUAGGUUGCGACGCCGCGACUUUCCAGCCCUGCAGUGACAAGGCUCUUUCCAGCCACAAGGUCGUUGUAGACUCAUUCCGUGACAUUUACGGCCUUAACUCAGGAAUCCCCAGCGGAUCAGCUGUUGCUGUGGGACGAUACCCCGAAGAUGUCUACUACAACGGUAACCCAUGGUAUCUCCUUACACUCGCAGCCGCAGAGCAGCUUUAUGAUGCUCUAUACGUGUGGCAGACUAGUGGAUCCAUCACGGUCACUUCCACCUCGCUGCCAUUCUUCCAGGACCUCGUCUCGAGUGUCUCAGCUGGCACGUACAAGGCCAGUACAGAUACUUACACCGCGAUCUACAAUGCCGUAUUCCUCUAUGCCGAUGGCUUCUUCAACGUUGUCUCCCAAUACGCAGACUCCAACGGCGCUCUUGCCGAGCAAUACAACCGCGACAGCGGCACACCGCUAUCUGCUAAGGACCUUACUUGGUCGUACGCCUCCUUUUUGACCGCCGCUGCACGACGAGCUGGUCUAGUUCCCCCUAGCUGGGCAGGCGCAGGUUCCACCGCCACUUCGGUUCCCGCUGUCUGCAAGGCGACAUCUCAGGGCGGAUCAUACUCUACGGCCACGGUUUCGUCUUUCCCAGCCAACCAAACCCCCAUCACCAGCACCGUGCCGACUACCACCAUCACGCUGCCUACAGUCACACCCACUACUACUACCGGUAGCUGCACUGUUGCUACCGCCGUCGCGGUCACAUUCAACGAGCUCAAGUCUACGACCUACGGCCAGACUGUCAAGGUAGUGGGUAACGUCGCCGCCCUCGGUAACUGGGACACUAGCGAAGCUAUCACUCUCAGCGCUUCGCAGUACACCUCCAGCAACCCCCUAUGGCAGGCAACUGUCACUCUUCCCGCCGGACAGGCCAUCGAGUACAAGUACAUCGUAGUUAACACCGACGGCUCCAUAACAUGGGAAGCCGAUCCCAACCGCGCUUACACCGUCCCCAAGACCUGCGCUACUUCGUCGUCGCAGACGGAUACGUGGCAGUGA